AUGGAACCAGUAGCAUUAUAUAAUCCGGAAGCAGAGACUAAGGUGCACACAGACGCGAGCAUCAAACAGCUGGCAGGAAUGCUGUUGCAAAAAGGUGAAGAUAAGAAAGUGGCAUUAGUUUAUUAUCAUGUGACUGUGGACAUAAGGGAAAGUGCUCAUUCGACGAAAAUGGCAAAAAGAACUGUAACUGUGAGAAAGGCAUGUGACUGUGGAGAAAAGGGAACGUGCUCAUUUGAUAAAAAUGACAAAAAGAAGUGUGACUGUGAGAAAGGAUAUUCAGUGAAUAAUGACGGGAAAUGUGCAGAAUAUAUCCAACGUAUACAUAAAACCAUAAUGUCUACAAUUGUUUCAGCUUGCGAUUGUGGAGAAUAUGGCAAUUGUAAAAUUGAUGAGGAUGGAAGUAAAGUAUGUUACUGCAAUGAUGGCUUCAUUGAACUCCACGGAAAGUGCGUGGAAUGCGACUGUGGACCUUAUUCAAAGUGUGUUAUAGAAGGUGAUUCUAAAAAAUGCAUCUGUGAUAAAGGAUUUGCAGAAAAUUAUGGAAAAUGUGCAGAAUGUGACUGUGGCGAAGGCUCGGAAUGUCAUUUCAUUAAAGGUGCGAAGGCCUGCAAUUGCUUAACUGGAUACAGUUACGAUGCUAAUAUUGGAAAAUGUCGAAAGACUAUUGCUAAAAAGGAUAAAUGUGAUGAAUUAGCUGUAUAA